UCAAAGUUAUCUGCUAAUGAGUAGAAUUUUACUUUUGACAUGCUGUCGAAGCUUGGCUGUAAAUCAGAUACGAAAUAUUGGAUGCAUUGAUUUCAAUAUAGGCGAAUCAAUUGAGGAUUAAGAGUUCGGAAUUAUUUCAGUACCAUCAUUUGUAGCUCUGUUUCGAAAUGCCGUUUGGAUAUCUCUUCCGGAGAACAUGGUCAUCCACAGACCGACUUGAUGGCAAAACAGUGCUCAUAACUGGAGCCAACACUGGUAUUGGCAAAGAGACAGCGCUGGACCUGGCAAAGAGAGGGGCCAGGAUAAUCAUGGCCUGCAGAGACAUGGAGAAAGCUGAGGGGGCCCUGAAAGAAGUCCUAGAAGGCUCUGGUAGCCAAAAUGUUGUCAUCAAGAAGCUUGAUUUGUCAGACACCAAGUCCAUCCGCGAGUUUGCAGAGACCAUUAACAAGGAGGAGACGAAACUCAACAUCCUCAUCAACAAUGCUGGCGUCAUGGUCUGUCCGCAUGGGAAAACAGCUGAUGGAUUUGAAAUGCAGAUUGGCGUCAACCACAUGGGUCACUUCCUGUUGACCCACUUAUUGGUUGACCUGAUCAAAAGGUCGACCCCGGCCAGGAUCAUCAAUGUGUCCUCCAUGGCUCAUUCCUGGGGCACCAUCAACCUGGAUGACAUCAACAGUGAGAAGGGCUAUGACAAGAAGAAAGCGUACAGCCAGAGCAAGCUAGCUAACGUCCUCUUCACCCGCUCCCUUGCCAAGAAGCUACAAGGCACUGGUGUGACAGCAUACUCCCUCCACCCUGGCGUGGUUCAGACUGAUCUGUGGCGGCACCUGAGCGCACCUCAGGCAGCUAUCAUGAGGAUGAUCAGUCCCUUCACCAAGACAUCCGUGCAAGGAGCUCAGACCACUAUCUACUGUGCUGUGGCACCUGAACUGGAAACCGAGAGUGGUGGAUAUUACAGAUAUGCCACAGGUGGAUGGGUUAUCAGGAAGCUGACUAAACCGCAUGAUCAUUACACAGCUGCACGUGCAAUUGGCAUGUGACUGCGCACCAGCCAACUGCUCAAGCUCUGCUUCAGACGAUGACACGGCCCAGAAACUGUGGGAGCUAAGCUGCCGGAUGCUUUCUCUGUCAUGGGAUUAAAUAACUCCCGAAAGGCGUAUGGUUUACAUUUUGAGAUGUUUGAGCACUGAAGAAUACAACACAUGUACAGCAUCUUAAAUGAAAGUCCUUUGUCCCAUGGAUACAUUCCAACAUAUAUUAUGAUGUGGUAUUUUAAUUGAAAUGAUGUAGUUGACAGUACUUGUAACAUACAAAAUACAAUUUAACAUGGUUCAUUGCCACUGGCAUUUGAGAUGGAAUAUAUGUUUGUUUUUUUACCGUACUGUACACAUAGUCAUAUAAUAUUGUACAUUAUUAUACUGCUGUUUAUUGUCGAUAAGUAAGUAAUCACACCAACAUUAAAUCACUAAUUACUGCUCCAUCAAUUUUGGGACUUUUAAAUUAAUAUGUAUAAUUAGUGUGUGUGUGUGUGUGUGUGUGUGUGUGUGUGUGUGUGUGUGUGUAUAUAUAUCCAUUGAUAUA